GCAGCGGCGGCGAGACAUGAGGAGGGCCCGCGACGCGGGCAGCGACGGCUCCUGAGCCGGCAUGGAGGAGAAGUACGGCGGGGACGCGCGAGCCGGGCCGGGCGGCGGCCUCGGACCGGUGGACGUGCCCAGCGCCCGAUUAACAAAAUAUAUUGUGUUGCUAUGUUUAACCAAAUGUUUGAAGGCUGUGGGACUUUUUGAAUCAUAUGAUCUCCUAAAAGCUGUUCACAUUGUUCAAUUUAUUUUUAUAUUAAAACUUGGGACUGCGUUUUUUCUGGUUUUGUUUCAAAAACCUUUUUCUUCUGGGAAAACUAUCACAAAACAUCAGUGGAUCAAAAUAUUUAAACAUGCAGUUGCUGGAUGUAUCAUAUCACUUUUAUGGUUUUUUGGCCUUACUCUUUGUGGACCACUAAGGACUUUGCUGCUGUUUGAACACAGUGACAUUGUCGUUAUCUCCCUGCUCAGUGUUUUAUUCACCAGCUCUGAAGGAGGACCAGCAAAGACAAGGGGGGCUGCUUUUUUCAUUAUUGCUGUGGUCUGUUUAUUGCUUUUCGACAAUGAUGAUCUCAUGGCUAAGAUAGCUGAACACCCUGAAGGACAUCAUGACAGUGCGCUAACUCAUAUGCUUUAUACAGCUAUCGCCUUCUUAGGUGUUGCAGAUCACAAGGGUGGAGUACUCUUGCUGGUGCUGGCUUUAUGUUGUAAAGUUGGUUUUCACACGGCUUCCAGAAAGCUCUCUGCAGAUGUCGGUGGAGCUAAGCGCCUUCAGGCCUUAUCCCAGCUUGUUUCUGUUUUUCUCUUGUGCCCCUGGGUGAUUGUUCUUUCUGUGACAACUGAGAGUAAAGUUGAGUCUUGGUUUUCUCUCAUCAUGCCUUUCACCACAGUUAUUUUUUUUGUCAUGAUUCUGGAUUUUUAUAUGGAUUCCAUGUGUUCAGCCAAAAUGGACGUUUCCAAAUGUGCCCGCUAUGGAUCCUUUCCCAUUUUCAUUAGUGCUCUCCUUUUUGGAAAUUUUUGGACUCAUCCCAUAACAGACCAACUCCGGGCUAUGAACAGAGCAGCACAGCAGGAGAGCACAGAGCAUGUCCUGUCUGGAGGCGUGGUAGUGAGUGCCGUGUUCUUCAUUUUGUCGGCCAACAUCCUAUCAUCUCCCUCUAAGAGAGGACAGAAAGGUACCCUUAUUGGAUAUUCUCCUGAAGGAACACCACUCUAUCACUUCAUGGGUGAUGCUUUUCAGCAUAGCUCUCAGUCGAUCCCUAGGUUUAUUAAGGAAUCACUAAAACAGAUUCUUGAGGAGAGUGACUCUAGGCAGAUCUUUUACUUCUUGUGCUUGAAUCUGCUUUUUACCUUUGUGGAGUUGUUCUAUGGAGUGUUAACCAAUAGUCUAGGCCUGAUCUCAGAUGGAUUCCACAUGCUCUUUGACUGCUCAGCUCUGGUCAUGGGACUCUUUGCUGCCCUCAUGAGUCGAUGGAAAGCAACCCGGACUUUCUCCUAUGGGUAUGGCCGAAUAGAAAUUCUCUCUGGAUUAAUUAAUGGACUUUUCCUGAUAGUGAUAGCUUUUUUUGUGUUUAUGGAGUCAGUGGCUAGAUUGAUUGAUCCUCCGGAACUAGACACAAACAUGUUGACACCAGUUUCCAUUGGAGGGCUGAUAGUAAACCUCAUUGGUAUCUGUGCCUUUAGCCAUGCCCAUAGCCAUGGGCAUGGAGCUUCUCAAGGACACUGCCACUCAUCUGAUCACAGCCAUUCCCACCAUGCUCAUGGGCACAGUGACCACGGCCACAGCCACGGAUUCACAGGUGGAGGCAUGAACGCUAACAUGAGGGGCGUAUUUCUCCAUGUGCUGGCAGACACGCUGGGCAGCAUUGGUGUGAUUGUUUCCACGGUUCUUAUCGAGCAGUUUGGAUGGUUUAUUGCUGAUCCCCUAUGUUCUCUUUUUAUUGCCGUGUUAAUAUUUCUCAGUGUUAUCCCACUGAUUAAAGAUGCCUGUCAAGUUUUACUUCUGAGACUGCCGCCUGAAUAUGAGAAAGAACUACAUACUGCUUUAGAAAAGAUACAGAAAAUUGAAGGAUUAAUAUCAUACCGAGACCCUCAUUUUUGGCGCCAUUCUGCCAGUAUUGUAGCAGGAACAAUUCAUAUACAGGUGACAUCUGACGUGCUGGAACAAAGAAUUGUACAGCAGGUUACAGGAAUACUUAAAGAUGCCGGAGUAAACAACUUAACAAUUCAAGUAGAAAAGGAGGCAUACUUUCAACAUAUGUCUGGCCUAAGUACUGGAUUUCAUGAUGUCCUGGCUAUGACAAAACAAAUGGAAUCCAUGAAAUACUGCAAAGAUGGUACUUACAUCAUGUGAGAUGUACCCUGUGGCCUGAACAGUGGAGGCUGAGUGAUGCUAUAAUGUCAGACCAGAAUGGUAGUUGCAC